CCACAUCAACCAUACAUGCCAGAACAAGCACAAACACGCUCAGCACCACCUGUUGGCCCUCCACCAAGUUACUUUCGAGUGUUGAACAAGACUUAUCCUCAUUCUUUAAGACCGGUUCUACUCUUUGCAUGCUUUAUCUCUUUGUGCUAUCUGGUCUUAUUGGGUAUUCAAGAUUUCAAAACAGCAGGCCAAUCAGGUGUAUCAGGCAAAUACAAAUUGUUUACCAUCGUACAAGGAGUCUUGUACAUGGCAGCUGCAGGUAUUGAAGUAUUUGGCUUGGUUUCAACAUAUAGCCAAAAGCUACCACUUGCACGAUCAUAUUCUUUCCUAUCUUUGAUCGGAUUUGGAGCAGUUGUGACAUCUCAGGUGAUUGGUGUGAUUGUCAUAUUUGCCUACAAGAGCGAAGUUAUCUCAACUUGUGCAAGCUAUUAUACCGGCGCUGAGAAUGUAGACAAUGCUGGCUGGUUCUGGUCUGAUAACAAUAAUAACACACCAAUGUCAGCAAGUGAUGCAAACGCAUAUUGCAACACACUCUGGUCCAGAUCACGAACGUGGGAAAUAAUAUGGUUGCUCGUUACUGCUAUCCUUGGUGCAAUCUUUUGCCUCUUCGCUUUCGCUUAUGCAAGACAGCUCUCAGAUCCAAAUAGCGUUCGUAGUAAACUUCCUGCAAGCUCGCAAUUCGCACAGCAACAGCAAUAUGGAAAUUGGCAAGGAGGCGCAGGUAUGCCAUACGAUCCCGAAGCACAACACAGUUAUCCUCCUGCACCGAUGCAACCCAAUACAUAUGCUCCUCCUGCUGGCGCUCCACCGCCUCCAGAAUACAAAGUACGGCCAUCGAUGGAUGAUGUUGACUUUGAUGCAAAGACGCCAGUAGGUGAAGAGUACGGAUAUGGUUUU